ACAAUAAAUCAAAAAUCUUUCAGGACUCUUCACUAGAGAUUCUCAUGAGGUGCUAGAUUUCAUAAUCAAACUAAUCACACAAGUCAGGAGAAGAGGGCUCAGUGUAUCAUUAGAUAGUAUUUAUCAUAGUUUAAAUAGAACUAUUUUGUAUCAGUUAUCUCGGCCAGCUGAUUCUGUUGUUGAACAGAUGGCUAUAUUAGAGAGUCUACAGAAAAUAAUUUCACAUCGAAAUAUCAUCUUAGCUGCAAAUAAUACUGAAGUAGAAUUUUUUGGGUGCCUCUGUUAUUGUCUUUUACAAUUGACAGAAGAUUUACAAAUUAGAGAUCUUAAUAGAAGGACAACAUGGCAUGUAAGUGUCAGUUCUUAUUCAUCAAAAGAACCAGAAUUCCAAAUCCAGUCACCACAAACCUCAUUACAAGAAGGUGCUCAAUUAGUUGCCGGUGCGGCUCGUAGAGUGUGGGGAGAACUUUAUAUGUCAAAAAGACAGAUAUUAGAAGAUGUGAGUAAAGUUGCAUUGAGUGGAUUUGCAGCCCAGGGUAGUAAUCAAACUCCAGACAUUCAAUUGCUACGUAUAGUAUUAAGUGAACCAACUAGUCGUAUAUGGGUUUCAUUUUUGGAGGGUGAAAGAAAGUGUGGUUAUACUAAAGACACUUGGCAACUUCAGAGUCAAUUACAAACAAAACUACAAAAGAUGACAGGUGGACUCAGUAGAUUAGCCAGCAGGAAAAUAAAAAGAGAACAAGUGGUGCGAAUGCCUUUAAGCAACAUUUCUCUUCCU